GGCGUGGCCUCCACUGCCGGCCCUGUGUCUCUCCCGGCUCCGUUUUACCAUUACUGUGUCCCGGAGGCCGAUGGCUGGGCAGGCGCUGCUCGCCCUCCUGCUGCUGGCUGGGAGUGUGCUCCCUGGUGAGUCCACGGUCAUCAACAGCUGUGGCAGCGCAGCGGGGCAGCUCUGCAACUUCAUCUGCAACUGCAGCGAUUGCUCCGAUGAGAACCAGUGUGGAUACAUGCGGGGCUCAGCAGUGCUGGGCACCCGUUUCACCUGUGACUUUGAGGAUGGCGACUGCGGCUGGCACGACGUGAGCACCUCGAUGUACAGAUGGGUGCGGGGCCGAGCCAGCCUGGCCAUGUGGGGAACAGGACCCCACUCAGACCACACCAUCGGCACCGACCUGGGAUGGUUCAUGGUGACCGUGUCGCCCCCGACAAAGACUACGGCCACAGCCUGGCUCAGGUCACCGGUGAUGCGGGAAGCAGCUGCCACGUGUGAGAUCAGGGCAUGGUACCACCUCUCAGGAAGCGGGCUCAAUCAGACGGAGAAGCCGGUGCUGCGCCUGGCUGCGGUGUACAGGGAUGAGGUGGUGGGGCUGUGGCAGAGCCCCGAGCAUGGAGGCGAGGGCUGGCACCAGCUGGUCGCCUACCCUGGACGGAUCACAGAGCAGUUCCAGCUCAUCUUCUCCCUGACACAACCGCCGGCAUGGGAGGCAGAGCUGGCGCUCGAUGACAUCAUCUUCAGGAACUGCGGCUUGCAGGAACCUGAGCAGAAGGCUUGUGGAGCCGAGGAGAGCCGCUGCGCCCAAGGCUCCUGCCUGGCACAGCACCGUUUCUGCGACGGCACUGACGACUGCGGCGACGGCUCAGAUGAGAACGCAACGCUGUGUAAUUCCUUCACCCAAUGUUCCUUUGAGGAAGGUCUCUGCAACUGGGUGGCAGAGAAUGGGUCGCUGGUGUGGAAGAGGAACAGCAGCCUGAACCUGGGGACCGCGUACAGCCUCCCUACCCGGGACCACACCACCACCAGCAGGGCAGGUUUUUUCCUCCACGUGGGCAGCGCCUCGGCUCCGGGGGCUGGCAGCACAGCACUGUUCAGCAGUCCUACUUUCCAGGCCACCAAGUCCUGCUCUCUCGUGCUGUACUGCCACCUCCACGGCUCGGCCACCAGCAGCAUCAGCAUCUCCUACGUGAUCAACUCCACCAAGCACCUGGUGAGGGAAAGGAUGGGAGACCUGGGCAGCUGUUGGGUCCGGGAGAGAGUGGACUUCAACGUGUCAGAGAGCUUCAAGGUGCUGAUCGAGGGGGUGGCCGGUGGCGAAGGAACUGUGGCCAUCGAUGACCUGAUCCUGUCUCCAGACUGCAAGCAGGAGCCGAAGGCGCCUUCAGCCCAUCUGCCGAGCCGGGCGCGUGCCAGCCGCUGCGCGGCUGAGGAAGUGGCCUGCGACAGCGGGGACUGCAUCAGCGCGGAGCUGGCCUGCGACUUCACCCGGAAUUGCGUCGACGGCUCAGACGAGAAGCACUGCGGAGCAACCACUUUUGAGGAUGGGUCUGGGGGCUGGCACGAUGUCAGCGUGGGGCGGCUGCGCUGGGGCGUGCAGAGGGGCACCGAGACCACCGGCUCCGUCCUCGCAGGGAAUUUCCUGGCCCUUCAGGCUGGAGAAGGACAAAUGAUGGCUGCAGCGAAGGCUCGCACACCCCUGCUGGGCCCCUCCGGCCCCGCCUGCGCCAUGGAGCUGAGCUACCGCCUGCACAGUGGCCCCCCAGGCUUCCUUGCCAUCAGCAUCGUGGAUCACACCACUGCCAGCACCCAGCUGGCCUGGCACACAGCAGGGAAUGGCAGCACGGCCGAGAGACACGUCCACGUCCCACUCGGAGAGAGGACACGGCCCUUCCAGGUGGAGCUGCUGGGGCUGGUGGACCUGCAGGACUCGGCCAGUGCAGCCAUUGACAAUGUGACGUUCGUGCAGUGCCACCCCAACGUGGGGCCACCGGGGGCCACAGAGCUGUCCUGCAACUUCGAGAGGGGCACGUGCAGCUGGUACCCGCAUCAGGCCAGCGACUUCAAGUGGGUCCUCAGCACAGGGCAGGAGCAGGGCUCCGACCACACCACUGGCACAGGCUACUUCUUGUCGGCGGAUCCCUCUGCGCCGUGGAGCCGUGGGCAGCGGGCACAGCUCAUCACCUACCACCAGGAGCCCGCCACCGCCCCGCGCUGCCUCUCCUUCUGGUACCGCCUGGCCGGCCCGCAGAUCGGCACCCUGAACCUCAAGCUGCAGCCGGAGGGAGCAGAGGAGACAGUGCUGUGGACCCGGCGCGGGACGCAGGGCAGCAUCUGGCACCGGGGCUGGGCGACGCUGCCCGCCACGGGCCAGCAGCGGUACCGGGUGGCCUUCGAAGCGCUGCGGGAUGGGUUCCUGGGGGACGUGGCGCUGGACGACCUGGCGCUGACGGCAGGGCCCUGCGCGGCCGAGCUCUCCUGCUCCUUCGAGGCGGACACCUGCGGGUUGGUGAGCAGCGGGCAGCGAACCUGGCUGCGGCAGAGCAACGGCACCGGCACUGUCGCAGGGCCCGCAGCUGAUCACAGCACCGGCACCGUGGCAGGCCAUUACCUGGUGGUGAGCACAGACGGGACGUCGCUGCCCGCUGGGCGCGCGGCUGCCCUCACCUCCCAGCCCUACCAGUCCUCGGCGCCCACCCAGUGCCUGGCCUUCUGGUACCAGCUGAGCGCCACGACGCCAGGCUCCCUCAGCGUCUCCAUGGAGCAGAGCGGGGUGCGGAUGAAAGUGCUGGAUGUGAGCGCCGUGGCUGGGGACACCUGGCACCGCGGCCACGUCACCGUCCGGCCGGAUGGGGACUGGCAGGCAAUAUUCGAGGCAGUGGGAGCUGGGGGUGACCACGGGUACAUCGCACUGGACGACCUGCACGUGUCGGACGGAGCCUGCCCUGAGCCAGCAUCCUGUGACUUCGAGCAGGACCUGUGUGGCUGGAGCAGCUCCUCGGACCCCCGCCUGCACACCUUCGCCUGGGGCUGGAAGAAUGGAACCCCCCUUGCCAAGUACCCUGGCCCCGAGCAGGAUCACACCCUUGGCACAAGGCAUGGUCACUACGUGCACUUUGACACCAGCAUGCUGGGUGCAGGGGGCACCGCUGCCCGUCUGGAGAGCCAACCCCUGCCCGCCGCUGCCGACUCCUGCCUGCGCUUCUGGUACCACAUGGACAUCCCAGAGCACCUUGCCAGUGGGGAGCUGCGGGUGAUGCUGCACAGCGCGGCGGGGCAGCGCACAGUGUGGAGCGUGGCCGGGCACCAGAGCCGGGGCUGGCAGGCUGGCGUGGUGCCCGUGCAAAGCCCCAGUGAGUUCCAGAUCAUCUUCGAGAUCAGCACCUGGAGGUGGCCGAUGGAGGGGCCGGUGGCACUGGAUGACAUCGUGUACAGCACUAGGGGCUGCCAUGCCAGCCCGGUGGUGCCAGGGGAAGAGAAAUCCUCGGGCAGCUUUGUGGCAGAGGUGGUGCUCGGCGUUCUCCUGGCCCUGGUGGUCGUGGCGCUGGUGGCUGUUGGCAGCUGGCACUGGCUGAAGCGGCGAGGGCUGGCGAGCGGGAUGCUGGGGGAGAGCGGUGCUCCCCAGGGCUUCGACAACAUCACUUUCCGAGAUGACAAGGUCAUUAUCCCUCCACUGCCAAAAGAUGGGGAUGAGGUCUGAAAUUAGUAGCCAGCAGGAGUAAUGGCCUACUCACGCCUGCGAGGUGUAUGCAGGGCAGAGCAUCCCUCCAGCAAGCGCUCACACUCCAGCAGCCGCCUCCGGCUCUCGGCAUCCGACAGCGGGCAGCUGCCGCGGGCGCUGACCCCACUACCUCUAUGGACUCGGGAGAAGUGUUGUCUUUUGUAACAUGAACUUUC